UCCACGUCAUCGUGAGUCAAUAAAAACACGAUAAAUGGAAUACUAGAGUAUUUACCGAGAAAAAAGAUCAUGGAUUUCGAUACAGCCUUAAAAGAAGUCGGCGAAUUCGGUUCCUUUCAGAAGAAAAUUUUCUUCAUCACAAAUAUUUUAGCCUUUACUGUCAAUUCCCAAAUGUUGAUUAUGGUUUUCACUGCUGCUAAACCAGAAUGGAGUUGUCCGAAUAGUGCGACACAGUGUAACACAGACGGCUCAAUAUGCUCCAAUGCUCACUUUACGACAAAUUUUACUUCUAUCUCUAGCGAAUUUGGAUUAAUUUGUGAUGAAUCGUACAAAGCAGAAGUGGUUCAGUCUGUCUAUAUGCUUGGAACUUUGAUCGCAGCACCACUGACUGGGAAUCUUGGCGAUACGUAUGGAAGAAAGAAACUAUGGAUUGUCACAUAUACUGGCACUUGCAUCUUCGCUUUUAUAUCAGCAUUUUCAACCUCGUACCACAUGUACUUGGUCUGCCGAUUCUUUGUUGGAUUCUUUGUUGGUGGUUGCGGAUUAAUAAUAUUCGUUUUGACAACCGAGUCUGUCGGGAUAGCAUAUAGAGGUUUUGUUGGUAUUGUGCAGCAGACAUUCUUUACACUGUUUCUUGUUGUUCUUGGUGGAUUGGCCUACUUGAUCCCAGACUGGCGUCAACUGACACUCAUUACUCUCUUACCAGCAAUCAUCCAGGUAUUUUUUUUCAAGUCAACACCAGAAUCACCAAGAUGGCUUGUUUCCAAGGGCAGGAACAGAGAAGCAGAAGAAGUCUUAAGCGAAGCAGCUCGAGUUAAUAAAGGUCACAAAAUGAACCUUGUGCUUCGCAGUAAAAUUCAAGAGAAGAAAGAGGACAGCAGCAAAGGGAUCAUCAGCAUCUUUAUGCACAGGACAACAUGUCUGAUCACUCUAAAUUUAUGCCUAUCAUUUUUCGUUAACAGUCUUGUGUAUUAUGGGUUGUCACUAAAUGUUAAAAAUCUUGGUGGUAGCUUGCAUGUUAAUUUUAUUCUCAGCGCCUUAGUGGAGUUCCCAUCCUAUGUGAUUUCAUUUUUCUUGAUGACUUGGUUGGGGAGGCGUAAGACCAUUUUUAUUUUCAUGAUGGGGGCAUCUAUAUCAUGUUUCGCAUGCAUGAGGCUUCUAGAAUCUCCUUCAUCCACUCAAUAUUUAAUAUCAAGUGUUGCUAUGUUAGGAAAAUUUUUCAUCAGUUCCUCAUUUUCAAUAAUCUAUGUCUAUGGGUCAGAGCUCCUCCCAACAGUGGUUCGUAAUUCUGGGUUAGGAGUAGCUUCUGUGGCUAACCGAAUUGGUGGUAUCCUAUGCCCAGGUGUUGUAGCUCUGGGAGAGCACAGCAAAUCCAUGCCAAUGUUGGUCUUUGCUGCUUGUGCUUUUGUUUCUGGAGUAGUGGGUUUAAAAUUGCCUGAGACUAAGGGCCGUGCUUUGCCUGAGACAUUUGAAGAUGUUGAUAACUCUUCAAAACUUUAUGCGAAAAGUUGAUGACAAAUUGAGUUUAUAUUAUUAUACUAUUAUUAUUAUUAUUUAAGUGGAGUCCAGUCCUGUUAUAUAUCUUGAACUCUGGAUAUCUUGAACUGCCCAUUAUAUCUCGAACCUAUUGAGAUUCCAAUCGACUUGCAUUGCAAUGACCAAAAGUAAUUGACUAUGCUAAUGAUAUAUUUGCAUACUUUCCACUUGGCCUUCAUACAGUCAUAAAUCUAAACUUGAAUUCUUGCACUACGGUAAUUUGUCUAAGAUGUUAUUUCUGAUUUUAACCUUAAUUUGAAAGAUGCUGGGACAAAAGUAUGCAUAUAGUAGAUUAUUGGUGAUCACAGCUUAGUGCUGUUGUUUAGAGCUAGCUUUGUGCUGUAAAAGCCCUGUUAUUUUAAAACUUUUCCCUGUCCCUGGUCCCCAGUAGGUUUGAUAUAAUGGGACUGCUGUACUAGCUAGUUAGUUUUGUGAGUUUCAGCGAACACAGACCUUGAUGACGUGGCACCAUGAUUUAUUCCCAUGAGAAUAAAGACCUGUUUAAACUGCAUAUAAUCUCACCCUGAAACGAUUGAAUAUUCUCAGUUACACAGGGAAAAUCUAUUAGUUCAAGCCAACAUGGCUGUAGUCUGAGAAAGGUCAAUUAGUGCUAUUUUAAUAAAAGCAUUCACAUGAAAUGAUAAAAUAAAACAUCUUUCAAUUAUAAAUUUUUUUCGUAAGGAAUAAAAGAGAUCAUUUUGUAA